AUGAAAGACUACAUUACCCACAAUCCCACCGCCCAGCUUAGAAGAAAUCCAUUCAUGGCUCUAUCCAGCCGAUGCCGGCUUCGAGGUCGCAGGAUCCCCAUGGAAACGGAGAGUGGGAAAAUAAUGUCGUCCCGCUCGGACAGGUACAUGAUGAUACGUGUAAUUUUCCACCAGCGUUUUAACGAUUUAUGUUUUUAGAAUUAUGAAUUUCGCUUUAUUUUAAUCCAACCACUCCGACUUCACUUCUCCCCAAACAACAGCAACAAUUCCCGGCAUGUUUCGUAACAUAUAGUGACCCUUCUAUCUAAGGAGCUCCCAUCUGUACGUGUUAAUGUAAAAGGCUUAUUAUUAAUGGUGAUAAAAUAAUGAUUGUGGGUUAUUGUAACGUGGUAGAAAAACAGAGAUCUUUAGUGGGUGGCUGAGCUGCAUGUUGGCACAGUUAAUGCGUCACCGGCUGCGUAACGACGAACCAUAUAGCCUAGAUAUGAUACCUGAAUUAUAUCAUACCUGAAUUAUCCACCUUUGCACUAGAAGCAUGAAGCACAUUUAAUCAGAAGCCUAUAAGACUUAAUAAUGUGUUCACUGUGAUUGAGAUCUAUGUCUUUGUCUAUAGUAUUGAAGUUCUCUGUUGAGCUCUAUGUCAAAUCUCUAUAAAUAGAUAGGCUACCUCAGGUCAACUCUUUUUUUUAUGAAAUAACGAAUUAUAACUAAGAUCUAUAUAGAUAAAAGUUUUCAUUUUAAUCAUCUACUUCAUGUCUAUUUUUAGAAUAACAUAACAAGAAGAGCCUUAUAUUAAAAAGUAUCAUUGGUGCAAACUAAAUAUGUAUAAAUAUUAUCUUUUUUUUGAUUGAUUAUGACAAAUUGUGCAUAAAAUAUCACUUCAUAUCAACUUUAUUAUGUUUCAAAAUGGGCAAAUUGGGUUGCAGAGUAAUGAACAAGCUUUACACUUUACAGUAAUAAUCAUACAUCAUUUUCAACACAAUAUUGAGAAAUAACAUUAUUCUUGUAAAGUCUCUAAAAACUUACCAGAGUACUACAUGCUCUAAUUUCUACCAGACAGUCGUUCCAUAUUUUCACCCCUUUUACAGACACACAAAAAUUUUUGACGUUUGUUUGCGCUUUCAGUUUCUCAAAUAAGACGCAGCCUCUUGGCUUUGUAAUCAGAGUCCCUUAGUUCAAACAGGUUCUGGACAUGUUGCGGUAGGGCUAGGUUUUUGGCUUUGUACAUGAUUUGUAUUGUGAUGUAAUCUACCAGGUCUUUGAAUUUCAAAAAAAUUAAGGAAGUAAAAAGGGGAUGAGUUGAUUUACGGUAAUGUAUAUUGCAGAUGACAAACUAAGAUUAGUGUGGUGGAGAUUUGGUGUUUUUUAUGUGUAUGAAACAAACUGAAAUUCAUACUGGUAGAUAUUUAUGGUGCACAAAACCAAACAAGAUCAUCAGUGACAAGAUUUUUAAAUGUUAAUGCUUCAAACCGGUGCCAGCUGAGAAGCUGAAAAAACAGCCACACUUUUACAAUUUUCAUGUCGGCAUAAAACAUUCAAAAAAAUGACAGAUUGGUCUGUCAAAAGAGCGCACUAGACUUUUUUUGGGAAGACUCUACUUAAGCAUUUAAAGGACAAGGAAAGCAAAGACUGUUUAUCCACAGGGGGCACCAAAAUUGACACAAAACUCCCUCACAGAGGAUUUUAAGUAUGUAAUUCAAAAGUGUGGUACAGGAAAACAAAACUGCCAUGUUAAUUUGAUGCUUUAUUUGGAGUGUGACUUCCUAAAGUUUUGCUUUACUUGAGUAAACCUACUUCAACCACUGCUCAAAGUUUAGUGGGGUUGAACCUCCAUUUGGCUUUGUUUAUAUUCUGGAUUCAUUCAUUCAUUUCCUGCCCUGUUACACUGUUUUACCUUAUAUGUUUCGGUGAGAGAGUGUCUCUGGAGUUUUCAGUGUCCUUGUGUUUCUGUAACUGUCUGUAGAUCAGAUCAGCGAACUGAGAGGAAGGAUCAGCAGAAGACAUCCGUCUUGUCCUGGUUUGCAUGCAGGUGCCUCUAUUAAUACCAGCCAAGCAGCUCUGUGCUGCCAAUGUUGCAGUGAUCCUCUUAGUGUCUGCCACAUACACACACACAGAGGUAGGCAGAGACAGGAGCGCACAUGGACAGCAGCAUGCAGAGAUAAGAGGCGGUCAGAUUUCUUAGAUUGGUUAAAGAAAGAAACUUGUAAAUUCUCACAAGACUUGAGUCAGGGUUCAGUUGAGACAGGCAAGCUGGAAGGUAGGAGAUUGUCAAGUGAAGCAGAUAUGACUCUGCUGGACUGUGCAGGAGCCAGAAUCUCAGGCUGCUGGUCCCUGAGGUCUGACUGCAGGUAAGAUCUGGCUGUGGGUAUUGUUUUCUUUCAGUGCAGAUGGGAUGUUAGAUUUUCCCCUCUUCCACAAAGCUCUCAAACAUCAUUAACGUGUGUGUAGGAUCUAUUAAUAACUCCAAAGAGGGGUUGUUUUGAGGCUAGAGGAAGUGAGGGAUGUAGGUUAGUUUGGAUUUAUUUGUGUUCGCUCACAGUAGGUUGUGUGAAGUGUGUCAGUACCGAACAGGAGCUGGAAAGUGCAUUGCUGAAAUAUGCAAAACAUUCAUUAAGCCCGGCUUUGAAUUAGACUUUGAGUCUUUGAAUUAGAGAGGCAAAGUUGUGCAUUAUGUAAGAAACCAGCAGAGCUCCUCAUUUGAUUUCUAAUUACCGCCAGUGGGAAUGCAAGAGUGCCUGAAUGCAUCAUCACUGAGUGUGACGCAAAAGCUAAGCUGACUUUUAUUUGGUGUGUAGUAAACUGUGGUGUAAGAGCCGAAUCUUAAUUGAAGUGAUGUAAACUGGGCUGUGCCUUUCAUCCGAAUGUAGCUUUAAGGCAAAAAGGGAAGUUGUGGAAAAAUUACCAGCAGGACUAUGAUGGAGUAAAAGUACCAAAACUGCACCAAAACAAAAACAAAACAUGAGAAAGAGGAAGCUUCUCUGGAUGAUUUGAACAUGUUUCUAAUAAUGCAGCAGCUCCACAUUACAUACAGCUGAAAGAUAAUAUGGCGCAUUGAAAAAGUAGGAUGGUUGUUGAUGAAAUGAAGAAUCCUGUGUUGGUAAUACCUCAGUGACGGGGCCUCAGAUUUGUAUUGAAGUACACAGCCGGUGGAUUUGACCCUUCUGACACAGUCUUGCUCAUCAACACUCUCAGCAUCAUGUUUGUGUAACUCUGAAUGUUUCUUCUUGCAGAUCAGGUUUUUGGUAUUUUUUAAAUUGCACCUUGAAGAUUGUUUCUUUCUUUACUGAAGUGCUCUUUGACACGCAGAGCUCACUGUGACGAGAGGAAAGGUCUGAACUCUUUUAUCCUGAGCUGAAUUUAUUUGUAAAGGGCAGAUCUUUAGAUUUAUCAAAUUUAAAGAAAAACACGUCUUUGGUAUUUAUUUUGACAUCAACAUGCUGUUGAUGUGAUCUGUUCUUAUAAAGAGUCGAGUCAGGGGCCAAAAAAUAUCUGUACGAUUAUUUUAGCAGAUCGUGUUUGUUUUUUUGUGCUUUACAUGUUAAAGUUUGAAAAAAAUCAUGUUUUUUGUUAAAACUAAGCAAACUAAAGUGAAGCACCCUUUGAAAAUGAAAAAAGCAACAAAGAAACUCACUUAUGAAGCUGGAAAUUAAAUUUUUUUGAUAGUUUUUAUUAUUUUUUUUAUUAUUCAUUGAUAGAUAUCUAGAUAAUUUCUAGUUAUUUUUAUGUUAUUAUUUUUUUAUUAACAAACCAAGUGAUAAUUUCAGCUGUUUGUACCACUCACUCAUCAUAUAUCAGUGCAUCUCAAUCAAUUAGAAUAAGUCCUUUUUUCAUUAUAACUCCAAAUCAGUAUGUGAAAUAUUCUAAUAGUUUUUUUUUAUCAAGCUUUAAACUAUAAUCAUCAAAAACAAAAAAAAGAAAAUGCUUAAAAAUGUUUGCAUUUAAUCAACCCAGAAUAUACAAUGUUAAAUAUCUGAUUAAUUCUUUAUUUUUCUUAAUUUUCAGAUUUUUUCUGUGCUAGUGUAUUCAGUUAAGAUCAGAGGACAUUUAAAGAAGAGUCUAAAGAGUCUGUUUAAUUAGAGACCAGGUGCUGAAACAACAUCAUAUGGUUUUCAUGAGUAGAUUUGAGUUGGCUUUGAGUUGCAGUCUUUAGUAGAGCUGCACAUUCAAAUUUUAACUGUGGUUUAGAUUUUGGCCUUUCUGUCAUCUAAGAUUCACAAUAAAUGAAGAUAACUGACAUUUUUAUUAUGCUGUGUGUUCAAAACUAGAAGUGCAGAAAAACACUCAUACCAAAGCUGUCUGAGAGUCAAGUGUCAGGUGUGUGUAAGUAAUGCAGAGGAACGAGGAGAGCAGGAAGGUCAAAAUUGCCUUAAAUUGCCUUUCUUACACAUGUGGGAUUCUUGCAGCUUGAGUUCAUCGAUGCUUACAGACUGUAGAGGUGACAUAGUGCACCUGAUGGUGCGUCUGGCUGUGUGUUCAUGCUGUAACCUGCCCCUCUGUUUGUUGCAGUGGGAGCGGAGAGGACUCGUUGGACCGGCUCCUGCCCCCCACCGGGGCCCCUCGCAGAAAGAGCACUACCUCACUGAGCAAAACAGAGCCUCCUCUGCUCCGCACGGGCACACGCACCAUCUACACCGCGGGCCGCCCUCCCUGGUACGACGAGCACGGAGCGCAGUCAAAAGAGGCCUUCGUCAUCGGUAUCACACUCGCUCACAAUAUUUCCCUCCUCAUGACUGUUUCCUCUUCCAGCUCCUUCACGUUAAAUUGUAGCUCAAAGCAGUAAAAACCUGUCUUUUUGUCCCACUCUGUCUUACCAUACCCAUAAACUCCUAUAAUGCAAUUGCACAUGCAUACCGCCAGACAACAUUAGACACACUCUGAAACACACACAUAAUGGGCCUUUGAAUGCUGUGUGGAUCUGCAGGGCUGUGUGGGGGCAGCGCCUCAGGGAAGACCACCGUGGCCAAUAAGAUCAUUGAGGCUCUGGAUGUGCCGUGGGUGGUGCUGUUGUCGAUGGAUUCUUUCUAUAAGGUGAGAGAGCCGUGAGUCUGAGCGCUUCUUCUCCUUAUUUUACUCUUUCAAUUAUCGUGUUUAUCACAGGAUUAUGUUUUCUUCUACUGUUAACACCUUCAACACUUCACCUCCAUCAUUUUACUGCUGUCAGAGUUUAAAUUAAAUCUAAAUCUUUACAGUCAAUGACCAAAGAACCGUUCAUUGACUGUAUAUAAAGAUGGCUGAUGUGUUUCCACCUCCUCUCGCUGGACUAGAGUGAAGCCAAAUUAUAAGCACAUCAGCACAUUUGGAAACAGACUGUAUUCCAAACCUCCUAUUGCCUACCUGAGGAUUUAGUUGUUAUUUAGAGUUUGCAAUAUUAUUCCUUAAAGGACCAGUUCAACAUUUCUCCCUCUACAGCAAACUACUUGUUUAACUAAGUUAGUCAUUUUAUCAUUUAUUUAUGUCAUUGUGUAACUUAACAUUUAGAACUCCGCUGGAUCACCUGCGAUCCCACGUGACACCAUUAAUAUUGUUUACAGUUUCUUGGGAACUAAAAAGAUGAAAAGUGUUCAAAAGCUUACCCUUUUGGUGAUCUAUCAAGGGUUUACAGGCAUCUCUACACCUGCCACAAGGUUUACAAUCCAGCCACAAAAAUAGGUGUCUGAUCAAAGAUGUGUGAUGGUGAAUCCGCGGUGAUAUACCGGUGAAAACAUGAUUAUUUAUCAUAUUGUUGUGAUUAAAAAAAAGAUCGCUAUCGCUAAAUGCCGCUAAUGUCUUUGGGGUAGGUUUUUUUUCUGUUAAACUUUUGUCCAAUUACAUGGUCUCAUAUUCUUCUUCUAUUGUUCCCUUGAUGGUAGUGUCCAAUAAGAGGCAACCAAAGAUCAACAAGAGACAAGAAAGUUCCCUGCUUGUCUGUAAAAUAAGAAAUAAUGGUCCUCAAUGUUUGGAAACAAGCAAAGAAGAGAUUCUGAGCAGUAUGAUGUGGCCCUCUGUCUCAUCUCAGAAAGGAACUGCUUCAAGCAGUGGCAUAAACAACUGUAAAUAGUAAAAAAAAAAAAAGUCCUGGAAGAAUUAUUGUAAAUAUGUAAAUAGUUUCUGUUGUGUGUUUGUUAGAAUCCCAGUAUUUCUUCUCCUGAUAGCCAAGACUUGAGAGAAUGAUGUGCAUGUGUGAGUAGCUGUUUCCCCAUUUCCAGCUCCUACAGCUCAGACAUCCUCAUGCAACCCUACAACAAAUUCAAAAAGCACGCUCUACCUCGCAAAUCUUCAUCCGUGGUAAAGCAGUAAAAUUGUUUUGUACCCGUGUAUGUAAAUGUUAAUCUGUUGUGUUUUGCAGGACUUAUCUCCUGAAGACCAGAUUUUGGCAGCAAGCAACGACUACAACUUUGAUCACCCAGGGGCUUUUGACUAUGAGCUGCUGGUCGCCACACUCAGGAAACUGAAACAGGGCAAGAGUGUGAAGAUCCCUGUGUACGAUUUCACCACACACAGGAGACAGAAAGACUGGGUGAGCUGUGUUUCUUUGCAGAUGUGUCUUGUUUCUGCAGAAGUGAUGAUUUUCUCAAAGACUUAAACCGUUUUAAGAUUAAAUGUAUGUCCUGUAAGUUUAAAAAGAAGACAGUAGAUGUGAAGGGUUCAGUUUAUGUGGGUUUAUUUUCAGAAAACACAAAUAUAUUCCAUACAUGAAUAAAAUAUUUCUGUCUGCAGCUCUAAUCUUAUAAAGCUGAACUGAGUGUUCGUUGAAGAUCUUCUGCUUUUGAAGGCUCUUGGGUUUCCUUCCUUUUCAUGCAGAAAAAUGUCUAUGGUGCCAGCGUGAUCAUAUUUGAAGGAAUUAUGAGUUUUGCAGACAAAGAGCUUCUUAAGGUAGGCCCAUAUGUCUGCUUUUCCCUUUUUUCUCUGUGAAAAAUUCUCCAGAGAGGGAAAGCAAUCACCUCCAGGAGUUGUUGUUUGAGCAGCUGCUCAUCUGAAGUGAAUACUUUUAAACCGUCCUGAGGUGUGUUUGCUCUUCCCACCUGCAGCUCCUGGAUAUGAAAAUCUUUGUGGACACAGAUUCAGACAUUCGGCUCGUCCGCCGGCUCCGCAGGGACAUCACCGAGCGAGGACGGGACAUCGAGGGCGUCAUCAAGCAGUAUAACAAGUUUGUGAAGCCGGCCUUUGAGCAGUACAUCGAGCCCACCAUGAGGCUGGCUGAUAUUGUGGUGCCAAGAGGUGAGCCGGUCCAACAUACUCACUGCUAAACAUCCAAAUCUGAAACAUCCUUUUUUAAUCAACAUGCAGCUUAUAAACUCUUAACAUCUCCUAAAAAUGCUCUCUUCUUCUUUUGCUCCUUUCAAGGAGGUGGAAAUAUGGUGGCCAUUGAUCUGAUUGUUCAGCAUGUUCACAGCCAGCUGGAGGAGGUAAAACACUGAUCAUACACAGGAGGGUGGCGCCACCAUGUGGUGUAAAGCUGAAGCAUACAGAGAAAGUGUAAAGCCCUGAACUGAACUGCUGGAACAAUAAGCAGCUUCAAGCUGAAAUUUAAUCAAAAGUUUCUUUUCUCAAACUCUCAAACUCUCAAAUAAAAGACAGUCUGGUGUUCUUUUGUGCUCUUCAUUAUUGAGCAAAUCCAUUUAAAUUAUUUCUCUGAACCCGACAGCUCCACUGUUGUCCAGAACUUUGACGUAUGAGCAGGAUAAAGAUGGGUUUCAAAAGUGCUUUAUUUUGAGUUUGGAUCGUUUCAAACUCCUUUUCUUAUUUCUGCUCUUUUCCUUUCAUUAGUUUCAGUGUCCUUAUGAAACGGUGUGGUUAACAAUAGGCCAUACAUCACAAAUUUUUCAAGAUGUAUGCAGAUGCCUUCAGUCAGAAAGAAACAAACUUUCAAUGAGGGUUUGUGGAUGUGUUAAAAAAAACAAUAUAUAUUAAAUAUAAAAAGGUGUCAUUGGGAUGAGGGGUUACGUCACUGCGCACUUACAAUAAUGAUGAUAAACUUUAUUUAUGGAUUAAAAAGUGCUUUACAAGAAAUUUAAAUGAACUCUACAGGAAUAAAAUUCUGAAAUAAAUUCAAGUCCAAUAUAAAUUCCUGCAGGAUUAGAAAAGGCGCAAUAAUUAAAGUAUGUUUUCAGAGGGGAUUUAAGAUUGAUCACCUGAGCUCCUCGAGUGGAUCAAUCUGAAGUUUUGGAGCCCUCACUGCAAAUGCUCUGUACCCUGUAGGUUUCAAUCUGGUAUCUGAAAUGCACAGAAGGCCUCUGAUGGAGGAUCUCGGUGUAAGAUGUAUCUAUAAAAGUUAUAAAUUAAUUCUUGAAUCAAGUGUUGUCAGUGUGAAGACAACAAAACAGGGGUGAGAUGGUCAUGUUUUCUGGUUCUGGUUGACAGCUGAGUUCUGGACUCUCUGGGGUUCAUCAGUUGGUUUUUGGUUCAGGAUUUUAAACAGACUGUUACAAUAAUGAAGGGGUGAGGAGGUUGAAGCAAACAAAAUCGUCCCUGUGUCUUUGAAAGUAAGAGAUGGAUAAAUAUUGGAAAUAUUUCCAAGAUGAUAAAAACACGACUGCUCCAGCUUUGUAAUGUGCUACCUUUUUUCCUGUUAAUAAGGUCACAAGUAUAAUGUGUUAUUUUAUUUAAAGUAUAUAUUUGCACCUUCAGCAGAAGCUCCUCACUGACUUAAUUUUCACCUCAUGUAUAUUUUCUUUCUCUCACCUUUGUGCAGCGUGAGCUCAGUGUCAGGUACGCUGAUGUGCACUUUCCAUUCUCAGCCUGAAGCCCUUUUUUCUAAUAUUGUACGUUUGGUGUUACUUUGUCUUAGCGGUAAAACUCUGCCUCUUUAAAGCCAGACGGCCUCAGUGCUGCAGAGUGAAACUGUAAAACUUUCAUCUGAACCUUUUCUUGGUCUCAGGGCGCUCUUAGCCUCGGCUCAGCAGACUCACCCGCUGCCUCAGACGCUCAGUGUGUUGGAGAGCACGCCGCAGGUCAAAGGCCUGCACACCAUUAUCAGGUACUGAUCUGUAAUGCAGCUGUUAGUCCUCCUCAUGAUGCACACAGGGUGAAAUACACCAAAUGUUCUUACUGUCUGUGUUCUGCAGGAAUAAAGAAACCAGCCGAGAUGAAUUUAUCUUCUACUCAAAGAGAUUAAUGCGGCUUCUCAUUGAACACGCACUAACAUUUCUACCAUCUCAGGUGGGUGAAUUUUAACGACUUGGUGAAUAUUCAUGUGGCUAUAUUUAAUAUCUUUAUAUGAAAUAUGGAUCACUCUGUGUAAAAGAGGGUCACUCGUAAAAGCAAACCCACCUUACAUUGUUACUCCCCUGAGGUCUGUGGAUUUAACACCUUAUAUUUUUGUCUUUACGGCUCGCUGUACUUUAACUCUCCUCCUCCUCGCUCACUCUGCUUCACUCUCUGUUAAUAUCUGCUUUUAAAGGCGCUAUGAUAACAAAGCUAUUGUUUAGCAUUCAUAAUUACAGCUUUCCAAACCUUCUUAAGCCAAAUCAAUCGUAUUAUGAGUAACUUUUGACGAACACAGCACUGACACUUCAUGUUUGACCUGUUAAAUACUCACUACCUGAGUUACUAGCAUUAAAUGAGUAUUUUGAAGCUUAUAUUCCGUUUUCCAGUCAGCCAUCAGCUCCAUUUUCUUCUUAUGUAGCAUGUAAAACAACUCACAGACAUAAUUACCCCUUAGAUAUAAUUACGCCAAUCACACGUCGACUAUUAUCACAAUUAUGUCUGUGUCAUAGUUAUUGUCGCGUGGUAACAAAGCUAAAGAAACAAGGACUGUUUUGGAAAUGUCACUCUCGGUGCAUUCAAGUGCCAAACAGCUUUAAAACUCUCUUUUCAUCCCAUACAGCGGAGUUUUCUCAGUGCAUCUAAAGAAAAAGCUUUUAAGCAGCAACCUCUAAAAUAUCCGUUGUCAAAGUUUUUAUGUGUUACUAAGGAAAAGGGUUUUUUUUCUUUCAUAUAUAUAACAGCUACAGCUCUCAGCAAAAGACCAGACAGUAAAUAAAUGUGUCUUAAUGCACAGAGAACUGCGGUGUCUCAAAGCUGAGGUCAAGUCUGUGCAAGUUGAUUUCAUACCACAGUAACGUCACACAAAUCUGCUGCAUACUCAGAAUAUAAAUGGUGUGUAAUAAAGUUGAGUAAACACUGUUAGUGGUGAAUAUAUAAAUAAUAAAAAAGGCAGAUUUUUGAGCUCAAGUUUCAAAAACAUAAAUAUUUUUCUGAAUAUCCUCCUACAAAAAAGAUGUAAAGAACUAAUGUACCAAUGUUUUCUUGUAUUUACUGCUUUUAGAGAGGUUUAAUCGUUUAAUAAGAUGUAAACAAACUCUUUAUUCUUGUUUGUUCUUACAGACGUGUGUGGUUCAGACUCCACAGGGUUAUGAGUACGAGGGCCGCAGUUAUAACGGGAAAGGGGUCAGUGUUGCUUCUCUCUCAAAACUCUUGUUAAUUUGUGUAUUUGUGGUUAUUGUCGUCACACUCUCGGCUCUGCCUCGUCUCCGCAGAUCACAGGUGUGUCGGUCCUGCGGGCCGGAGAGACCAUGGAGCCCGCUCUGAGGGCCGUGUGCAAAGACGUCCGCAUCGGGAAGAUCCUCAUCCAGACCAACCUCGACUCAGGAGAACCAGAGGUACAAAUAAUGAAGAUACCAUGUGUGUGUGUGUCUGUGUGUAUAUUUGUGUGUGUGUGUCUGUGUGUGUUGGCUCUUUUCUUUUUAACUAUUGGUCAGUGUCUUAAAAAUCGCAUCAAAGAUAAUAAAAUUGUUUGACUUUUUUUUUUUCUUUCUUCCACGUGAUGUGUGUCUCCGUGGUAACUACCCUUCCUGCUUUUGUAACCAUGGUAACCUGUCUCCUCCUCUCCGGCCUUGCCAGCUGCAUUACCUGCGUCUGCCCAAAGACAUCAGUGAAGAUCAUGUCAUCCUAAUGGACAGUACUGUCUCCACCGGAGCUGCAGCCAUGAUGGCAGUGAGGGUCCUGUUGGUGGGUUCAGAUCAACAUCAUCAGUCUUAUUGAUUAUUGUUUGAUUAUUAAUCUUCAGUGACGCCUCUGCCCUUUUACAACUACUCUGUGUGGUGGUUACUGUGGGAGAUUUUUGAGUCUAGAUCAGCUUUUAUUUCUAGAAAGAUCUUCUCCCCUUUCUUCUAACUAAUUCUCCUCCUCAUGAUGACUCAGGCGCUGAUUGUUGUUUGUGAUGUGUGUGGCUGAUCAGGAUCACGAGGUGCAGGAAGAUAGGAUCGUGUUGGUGUCGCUGUUGAUGGCGGAGCUCGGCGUUCACUCUGUGGCCUACGCCUUCCCAAAGGUCAAAAUCAUCACCACCGCCGUGGACAAGAGUUUGGAUGAUUUGCUUCAUGUAAUUCCAGGAAUCGGUAAGUCAUCGCACACACACUCUUCCUGCAAACUUACUCAGAACUUUAUGUAACUCUGAGAGGUUUUUGUCAUCAGAUAUGACUCUAUCUUCAGGGUUUAGCGCACGUGAUUUAAGUUGAAAGCUCGAGUCCCUGUGAAAGAGAAAAGAUAAAAAUAUUUUCGUUUCAAGCUGACAGGUUUAUUUCAUGUCCCAGAAGAAUCUAAUUUUAUGUUCAUGUCACACAAAUUUGGAGCAAACACUCCUCUUGAUCACAGCUGUACCCAAAGAACACAGCAUGAACAUCAGCUGAAUCGGUCUGUCGUCUGUGAAUAACUACAUGAUUGAAUAUCACAUGUAAACAAAAACUAUCACUGACUUUCUUUUAAUCAUUUUUUCUUUACAUUGUGUGACAUGAUAUCAUCUCUAGCUCAUUGUUCUUCUUCUUUUUAUAAAAACGGACUGAAAACAAGAUGCUUCAUCAGCGUCUCCGGUGUACAGAAUCAGAUCUGUUCUUACACGAUGUACCUUUUGUCCUGAACAUGCAGGAAUCAGUCUGUUCUCCUAAUCUGUCCUCAAAAUAACCUUUUCAGUGAAAUAUAACUGAACCAUCUCUGAGCGUAAUAUCCGAGUAUUUACUUUUACUGUGUAGACUUUGACCCGCUCACACACUUUAGAUCUGAGCUCAUUGUUGUGUGUUUUCAGGCGACUUUGGAGACCGCUACUUUGGCACAGACGGCUGGAGCGACGAUGAUCCGGAUCAGCCGUCGUACUGA